CAGUUGCGCGCCGGGGGUCGGCCUGAGAGGAGCUGGUUUCCGCCGCCACUGGGAUGGUUCAUCAGAGUAGUCUCUUAGGACAUGGAUGUUCUACAGAUCUGUGUGAUUAUGAUCAGCAUGUGUAUGACUGCAUUCAGACCUUCCAAUGGUCAAAAGCAGAACUUGGAUUCAAGUCUAGAAAUCUAUAGGAAGCUGUUUGAAACUAAGCGGAAAGACCAGAUGCAUGCGUUGAAGAACAUGAUUGAAUUAAAUGACAUAAAUCAACAAUAUAAGAUUAUUGACAUCAUGUUGAAAGGACUAUUCAAGGUACUGGAAGACUCCAAGACAAUACUGAUUGGUGCUGAUGUACAAGCUGAUGGACCACUACCUCAAGAUGAGAAACUUAAAGAUGCUUAUUCCCACAUUGUUGAAAACACAGCCUUCUUUGGGGAUGUAGCUCUACGUUUUCCUAAGAUUGUCCACUAUUACUUUGAUCGAAAUUCCAAUUGGAACAACUUAAUCCGAUGGGGAAUCAGUUUCUGUAACCAAACAGGAGUUUUUGAUGGGGGUCCACAUACACAGCUUCUAAAUCUGAUGGCACAGGAGCUUGGGAUCAGUGAAAAAUCUCCUGACUAUAAAAAUCCAUUUAAAGAUGAGAAUGAUGAUUUUAUCGAGGACAAUGAUGCCUUUCGUAAAGCCUUCAAAGAUGAGGAGAAAAGAAGGAAAAAAGAAGAUAAGAGGAGGGAGCUUCGAAAAGGGCCAAGGAUUACAAAGACUAGAUCCGAAUUGUGACCCACUGAGCAAUAUGACAAUUGCUGAGACUGUUAAUAUACUGUUGACUGGAGCUGCUAGAAAUCUUUCACCGGCACCUAUACAAGACUGAAGAAAAUUUGUUCAGCAUGGCAGUAGCCUGUAUGGAUUUGCUGUCAUUAGAGCCGCUACCUUUAACUGAAAGUAGCAGUGUCAUUAUCAAGCCCAUAUUUGUUAUGAUUCAUAUAAAUAAAAUGGGUUUGAAUUAUUGAAUGUAAUCUCUGAAAUGCUGGUUAAAAAUCCCGGAAUCUGAGCAAACAGGCUUUGAUUAAAUAAUGAUUCUUAAUUGAGAA